AUGUCGACCUCUGGGCGGGAAUCUCCCUCCCAGUCACGUCCCUUAGAGCGCCCCUCUGCAUCGCCCAUCGGCUCUUACCAAGCAAGAUCUUACGGCAGCUCUCUUCCCCGCGCAGAUGCCACGGCUCGACUGGCUUCGCCUGUGCCCUACCAGCAGUUUGGGACGCCGCCGGGUAGCCAAUCCAGGUCAAGAAGCGUCGUUGGCGAUGACACGGCAAGCCUUGCUCCCUUGGCGGGCCCGGCUUCAGCCGCAUCAGGUCCUGGCGUGUCCGCUUUGGCGGCCGCUCUGUCCAACUCGAUAGGGACGUCACCGCCGCGCUACGGAACUCCCCCGGUCAGAGCAGCGUCACCAGCAGCUUCAGCCACCAAUUUGGGCGCCCGGUCUGGAACACCGACAAACUAUGGCUCUUUCGAUGCGAGACGCCGUCUCGGGCAACGAGAUACUGGGAUAGGGGCGUUUGAAGACCCCGAAAUUGUGAAGAGGCAUCUCGUACAACCGUCGGACGCAUCUCAUGUCUCCGAGGACUCGGAGAUGAGGAACCAAAGCAGUAGUGCACGGGGUAAAGAUCCCGCCGAGAACACGGAGACGGGGUUGAACGAUGGCGAGUUCUCCAGUCUGAGACUCCAAGGUGGUGAUAUUACGCGCCCAAUCUACAAGUGGACCGAGGAGGCCACCAACAAAAUGCAGCGCAGCAAGAGCUUUAGCAUCUCUCGGCCGGAGCCUGAGAACGAGGUCUUGGAUAUUAGCACAAUUAAGGUGCCUGGAGGUUUUCGGCGAAAUUUCCUUCGACGCGCGGCUGGCAGCCCUUCGGGUAACAAUGACCCCGACGAAUUCGGUGAUGGGUUUGGCCUUACGAACCAGCAACAACCACUCUUCACCUCCAGUUUCUUGGAGUUCCUCUCCGUGUACGGACAUUUCGCCGGUGAGGAACUGGAGGAGGAUGACGAGGUGCUGAGGCCGGGCGAGUACUUCUCCUCAGGAGAAGAGGGCGAGGAUUACUUUGGCAGCGAGGAGGGCUCCGAGUCGGACCGGGAGCCAAUGGAGGAUAGCGCUCUCCUCACACCGUCGAGGCGAAAGAGGAGGAGAAAGCACCGCGGCGGUAGCGGCAAUGCAAGCCCUAUGGGGGCUGCCGCUGUGCUGUUGAAGUCUUUCGUCGGAACGGGUGUACUCUUCCUGCCGCGAGCCUUCUUGAACGGUGGCAUGCUGUUUGGCGUUCUCGUCCUUCUUGGCGUUGCUGCCCUCAGCUACUAUUGCUUCGUCCUCCUUGUGACUACACGGCUCAAGAUUGUUGGUUCUUUCGGAGAUAUUGGUGGGAUCCUCUACGGAAAAUGGCUUCGAUUCCUCAUCCUCUUCUCCAUCGUUGUCAGUCAAAUAGGUUUCGUGGCCGCCUACAUCGUCUUCACCUCCGAAAACCUUCAGGCCUUCAUCCUGGCGGUCUCCGAUUGCAAGACUCUGAUUCCCAUCAAGUAUCUCAUCAUGAUGCAGAUGGUCGUCUUCCUGCCCUUCUCCUUGUUGCGCGACAUCAACAAACUCGCAUUUACUGCGCUAGUCGCAGAUGCGUUCAUCGUGGUCGGGCUGGCUUACCUCUUCUAUUUCGAUAUUUUGACCCUUAACACCCGUGGCUUCGCAGACAUCACUCUUUUCAACCAGGACAACUGGACCCUGUUCAUCGGAACGGCCAUAUUUACCUUUGAAGGUAUCGGGCUGAUCAUUCCCGUCCAAGAGUCGAUGAAGAACCCCGAGAAGUUCCCCAAGGUGAUGUUUGUCGUCAUGGUCAUCAUCACGACCAUAUUCACCGUCAUGGGCGCGGUGUCGUACGCAGCGUAUGGUUCCUCGACCAAGACCGUUGUGCUGCUGAACCUUCCUCAGGACAACAAGAUGGUCAACGGUGUACAGUUCCUCUACUCGCUUGCCAUUCUCCUUUCGACUCCCUUGCAGAUCUUCCCAGCGAUUAGGAUUAUGGAGAAUGGCCUCUUCACAAGGAGUGGAAAGUACAACCCUUACAUCAAAUGGCAGAAGAACCUCUUCCGUUUCCUCACGGUUGUCGGCUGCGCUGCCAUUGCUUGGGGUGGUGCAGACGAGCUUGACAAGUUUGUAGCUCUUGUGGGCAACUUUGCUUGCAUCCCCUUGGUCUACAUUUACCCACCGAUGCUACACUACAAGGCGAUCGCAAGGAGCCGUCUGUGGAAGAUCUCAGACAUCGCUCUUUGCUGCUUCGGCCUCGUCGCCAUGGCUUAUACGACCAGCUUGACUGUGAUGAGCUGGGCCGCCUCCGACCAACCCAGUUCUCCCGGCUACUGCGACGGACAAAAGUCCUCGGUUUUCUAA